AUGGCUUCAUUCCUACUCAAAGACGUCCGCAUCUUCGACGGCCAGGACACAAGUGAGCAGGGCCAUGUCCUCGUUGAAGAUGGCAAGAUAUCCAAAGUCUCCUCAUCACCAAUCAACUACGCGGGCACGACCUAUUCCAAGCCGGGCCAUACAGUGUUGCCAGGCCUGAUCGACGUCCACGUCCACUGCGAUGGCGGCAACGAGGUGGCACUCCCGCAGUCCCUACGCUUGGGCGUGACGACCGUGUGCGACAUGGGUAACGAGUGGCCCAACAUCCAAAAGCUGUUCAAGCAAAGGGAAGGUGGCGACUGUGCUGAUCUCAAGACCACGAGCUUCCCCGCGACCGUCGACAACGGCUGGCCGAUUCCGAUCAUACUCGCCCAUUCUUCUGAUGAGAAGACGCUGGCUGAGGUUGCUACGUAUCCGAAACUGGUGACUGCCGAAGAUGGUAGGAAGUAUGUCCAGGAUAGAGUCGAGGAGAACGUCGACUACAUCAAGCUCAUGCAUGAGUCUGGCCGCGUGAUGGGUGCCGAGUUCAAUAAGCCGACGUUGGAGUUGCAAAGGGCUGUGAUUGAAGAAGCGCACAAGUCUGGCCUCAUGGUUGUUGCUCACGCCACAUGUCUGGAUGACACGCUGGAAAUACUGGAAGCUGGCGCUGAUGGCCUCACUCACUGCUUCAUCGAUCAGAAGCCGGACCAAAAAGUGAUUGCUGCAUACAAAAAGAACAAUGCGCACUGCAAUCCAACGCUUUCAGCCAUGGGCAGCGGCACCGAAGAAGGAAAGAAGACGCAAGAGAAGUUCGCUCACGAUCCUCGCGUGCAGCACCUCAUCGGUCAAAGCGGGCGAGAACAAAUGUGCAAGUGCAUGUCGUUCGCUAAACGGACAGGGGCGUCGUUCGAACAUGCCUUCGAGACGGUGCGGCAGUUGAAAGCUGCUGGUAUUGAGAUCUUGUGUGGCUCGGACGCAGCAGGUCCAGCUGUAGGCACCGGAUACGGCCUGACGAUGCACCAAGAGCUGUCGCUGUUCGUCAACGCGUGCGGUUUCACACCAGCCGAAGCGCUGCGAUCUGCCACUGCUGCGCCGGCGAAGAGGUUCAAUUUCUCUGAUCGCGGGCAGAUUAAAGAGGGCCUGAGAGCGGACUUGGUGCUGAUUGAAGGCAACCCCAUGGAGGACAUCGACCGCACGCUGGACUUGCGAGGAGUUUGGACGGCGGGUGUGCUGUGCUCGGCCUACAGGGAUAGUCUGUAG